AUUGAUCAUGCUUAAAAAUUAAGGGGGCAGUUUCAUUUCAUCUCUCUUUGAUCAACCAAUUCUUCUCUCUCUAAAUAAGACCAACAUCCAAACAGUCCGUAAUCCGUUUCACUUCCCAAAAAACACACUAAAAUCACGAACAUUUUACUCUACACUGCAUCCUCAGUGCACAGCUAAUCCACCCUCUCCACGUGUCCUCCCCUUCCAUUUUCAACUCCUGUUCACCGGAGAGCAACUCAUUUGACUUAGACGUCGUCGUUUAAGUUUCAAAACUGGCGGCGGCGGUUAUGCGCGGGAGUUUACUGAUGAAUCGGAGAGGAGUACAGAGAUUCCGGCAAAUCGCAGUAAUAGUAAGCGGAUCACUGAAAAAUAAGCUGUUAUCACUGCUCUGCUGCUGCCUAGCUUUUUUUACUCUACUUGCGCUCGUUAAUCGCGCCUCUGAUAACUGGACACGAAACAACAGUGAUUUUAUUGAUCGAUUCUCUAUUCCAGGUAAAGGAUAUGCUAUAUUAAUGAAUACAUGGAAGAGAUAUGAUCUGUUAAAACAAUCAAUUGCUCACUAUUCAUCAUGUGAUGGACUUGAAUCUAUACAUAUUGUGUGGAGUGAGCCUGAUCCUCCUUCGGAUUCGCUUGUGAAGUUUUUAACUCGAGUUGUUGAAUCGAAUUCGAAACGUGCGAGGCGAGUUGAAUUGAAAUUCGAUAUCAAUGUGGAGGAUAGUUUGAACAAUAGGUUUAAAGAGAUUAAGGAUUUGGAAACGGAUGCUGUUUUUUCGAUUGAUGAUGAUAUUAUUUUUUCGUGCUCUACGGUGGAAUUUGCUUUCAAUGUUUGGCAGAGUGCUCCUGAUGCAAUGGUCGGGUUUGUGCCUCGUGCUCAUUGGAUUGAUAAAUCGCAAGGGAAAAAUGAUUACUAUACAUAUGGUGGAUGGUGGUCUGUUUGGUGGACUGGUACAUACAGUAUGGUACUCUCAAAGGCGGCCUUUUUCCACAAAAAAUAUCUCGGUUUAUACACGAAUGAGAUGCCGGCAUCAAUUAGAGAGUACACAAGAAAAAACAGGAAUUGUGAAGAUAUUGCGAUGUCCUUUCUUGUAGCAAAUGCAACUGGAGCUCCACCAAUAUGGGUGAAAGGUAAGAUAUUCGAGAUUGGUUCCACUGGAAUUAGUAGCUUGGGAGGUCACACUGAAAGACGAACUCAAUGUGUUAACAGAUUUGUUGCAGAAUACGGAAGAAUGCCCUUAGUAUCAACUACAGUUAAAGCUGUCGACAGUCGCCACGCCUGGUUUUGGUGAGCGGUAUAUGAAUUCUCACUUCCCACUUUUUUGGUGUUGUAUUAUAGGUUAGUUUUGUAUUGUUACACACUUUUUCAGUUAGAUGCUACUAAUUCAACACUGCACACUAGAUUAAUUACUGUAUUCCUAACAUGUAAACUCGAAGAAGAACGCGACUAGUGGUAGUAUCAAAUACCAUUUUACAUCUGAAUUGAUUCUCGGAAAUCCGGUUGUUGAAUAUAUAUUAUGAAUAUGUAUUUUCUGCUAAA